CACAUAUACGGUCAAUCUGCGGGAUUUCAGGUAUAUAACCCCUUAAGCGACCAGAUGAAUUCGCAUCUGCGUGCGCUGAUUACCAUGGCAACGACACAGGCGAUCAUGGACGGUCUUCUGAUCUAUCUGGUAGCUUCGAAGUUUGAUCGCCACACACGAGAGAAAUGGGAAGAAGGUCUGCAGGCAAAUAAGCUGCUGAAGUGGAAAGAUAUGGCUACAUUCCUGGAAAAGAGGUGCCGCAUGUUGGAGAAUAUUGAAAACGCUAUGGUAAUCCAGACACCUAGCAAACAGAUAAAGCUGUUCUUUCAUUGUCCCGUGUCUCGUCAGCCUGAAGUUUUCAGUUUUUUUUACGACGGGUGUCAUAAAUAAAAUUUUAUUCAGACUCACAACAAUAUCACAUGUAUGCAACUAGAUCACGUCAAUCGCUCGAAUAUAUAAUAUCUGCAUAAAUAUGUACU